AUGACAUCAUCAACGGAAUGGAUCGAAAAAAAGAUAAAUAUCGGUGACAUUACUCGUUUUGAAUAUGAGGAACUUAGUAAUUUUGUUAAAAUUGGUGAAGGGGGGUUCGGCAUUGUGCGUAGAGCGGAUAUUACCAGCAGAGGAAUUCGAGUCGCAUUGAAAAGUCUCUUGACGAUUAAAAAAAAUGAAAUAGUUGACCUUGUCAAUGAACAAUUGGAAUUAAAAUUCAAUUCAAAUGAAGUUAAUCCGACGACUCAUAGUACAGAUAAUGAUUCUAAUUCAUCAACAGCUACUUGCGUUAAUAGUAUGGAACCUAUAAAUUUCCUUUUAAUCGGAAAGAAAAAUGAAUAUGAAUCAGAUUCGAAAGAAAUUUUUAAUUAUUUAAUUAAUAAUCCAAAAAUAACACAACAUUCUGAAGUAGUGAUUGGUAAAUUUUAUCAGGAAGGAUUUGGAACUGAUAAAAAUCAAAAAGAAGGGUUUAAAUGGUUUCUAAAAGCAUGCGAAAAGGAGGAUGAACACGGUAAAUACGAAGUCGGCGCGUGCUAUUUUCACAGACGUGGAAUCGAAAAAAGCAAGUUAAAAGCUAAAGAGUGUUUUGAACAUAUCAUUAAUUGUGGACCAAAUAUAGCUUUAUAUAAACUCGCGAAUUGUUAUGAAUUUACUAUAAGUCUUGAAAAAGAAAUAUUAAUUCACAAGGCAAUUCAACUUUACAAAACUUCAGCAGAAAAAGGAUUUAUAACAUCUCAAUUUAAAGUUGCAUAUCAUUAUAGUCAUGGUUUUUAUACUCAAAUUAACGAAGUCGAGGCUCUAAAAUGGUAUAAAUUAUUUCAAAAGAAUGGCGGAUAUCCUGAUGUGUCUGAAAAAAUUAAAAAAUUAAAAAUUUAUGACAAAUAG